AUGGCGAAUCAAAACGCCAUCGUUUUGCUAAUAGCAUUCGUUAUUCUCCUGGCCGACGCAACAACCACCGUGAACGGCGAGGAUUCAAACCCUAAGUUAGAAGUGAAAUACAAGCGCGGCAAAAAGUACUGUAAGCAAGGUUGGGAAUGUAAGGAUUGGUCGAUUUAUUGUUGUAAUUUGACGAUAAGCGAUUAUUUUCAGACGUAUCAUUUCGAGAAUCUGUUUUCGAAGAGGAACACUCCGGUAGCUCAUGCCGUUGGGUUUUGGGAUUAUCAUUCGUUUAUUAAUGCGGCUGCGCUUUUUGAGCCGCAGGGGUUUGGGACUACCGGGAAUAAAACUAUGCAGAUGAUGGAGAUUGCUGCUUUUCUUGGACACGUUGGAUCCAAAACCUCUUGUGGUUAUGGAGUGGCAACUGGAGGACCUACGGCCUGGGGUCUAUGUUACAAUCAUGAGAUGAGUCCUAGCCAGACAUACUGUGACGACUAUUACAAAUUAACAUACCCCUGCACUCCCGGGGCUGAAUACUACGGACGUGGAGCCAUUCCUAUUUACUGGAACUACAAUUAUGGAGCUGCCGGAGAAGCUCUGAAGGUGAAUCUACUUGACCAUCCAGAAUACAUUGAGCAGAAUGCAACCCUUGCUUUCCAAGCUGCAAUUUGGAAAUGGAUGACGCCAGUCAAAAAGGCACAGCCCUCUGCUCACGAUGCCUUCGUCGGUAACUGGAAGCCUACCAAGAACGACACUAUGGAGAACCGUGUACCUGGUUUCGGCGCCACAAUGAACAUUCUCUAUGGUGAAGGUGUUUGUGGACAGGGUGAUGUUGACUCAAUGAACAAUAUUGCGUCCCAUUUCCUAUACUAUCUUGAUCUUCUAGGUGUAGGUCGCGAAAAAGCCGGGACCCAUGAUGUUCUUACCUGUGCUGAGCAGCGUCCUUUCAACCCAAACACCAAAACUGCAUCAUCUUAA